UACGUAUCAAUCAUGGCGAAUUUGUACAGCAGGUUACAACAAUGAUGCCUUGUUUUUGCUGAAGUUUGUAAACACUAAUUGGGCCAUAGUGAAGUUUAAGUGAAACUUCUAUUUUCUGUCUCCAUGGUCUGCUUCCUACUACUUUAGUAUGCGUUGAAAAAUCUCCGGAGAGCAUAUGCCAUGAAAAGUGGAACAGCCCAGUGGUCCUGCAUUUGGAUGGAGAUCCGGAGCAAGCAGCUGCAAACCACCGACCAACUGUGUUCAAUUUCCUUCGCAAUUAGUGGCUGCAGCAUUCAAGCUAAACCUAGCCCUUCUGGGAGAGCAAGGUUCCGUCGCAGGAACGAAUGCCUCCCCUGUUGACUUCCAUGGAACACAAGAGACCUGUGCAAGGUAUCAACAAUGGCAGAGAGGGUGUGUACAGUGCCCAAAGCCACAGCAGUUAUGCUGAAUCUUCUAUCAGCAGCGCUAGCAGGUUUAGUGCGGGAUGGACCGGCUACUCCGGGUCGCAGCUUAGUCAUGGCAGCAGGUCUGCAUCCCCAGCUGUGACCCACAGUCGCAUACGAAGCCCUCAACAAACUCCCCAACAUUCUAAUAGCUUUACCACAAUCAGAAGGCACGAUGCCAACAAUCUCUGGACAGCUCUCUAUGACUAUGAUGCCCAAGGUGAAGAUGAACUCAGUCUUCGCCGUGGUCGAAUUGUUGAAGUCCUCUCAUAUGACUCAAAAAUAUCAGGUGACGAUGGCUGGUGGACUGGCAAGAUUGGGGACAAAGUGGGUAUUUUUCCUUCAAAUUUUGUAGAAAACGAUAUAAAACCAGUAGAGAUAGACUACAGUGAAUUACAACUUUGCGAAGUUAUUGGAGUUGGUGGUUUUGGAAAAGUUUUUCGUGCUUACUGGCGAAGCACAGAAGUGGCAGUGAAAGAAGCUCGUCAAGAACCUGAUGAAGAUGUUAAUGAUACCUUGGAGAAAAUGCGGCAGGAAGCUAAUCUCUCCUGGCUGUUGGACCAUGAUAAUAUUGUGAACCUGAUAGGAGUAUGUUUGCAGAAACCUAAUUUAUGUUUGGUUAUGGAGUAUGCCCGUGGAGGUUCAUUAAAUAGAGUAUUAGCUGGCGGUAAAAUACCUCCUGAUGUUUUAGUAGAUUGGGCUAUACAGAUUGGAAGAGGAAUGAAUUACCUGCAUAAUGGAGCACCUAUAUCAAUCAUACAUCGUGAUCUGAAAUCCUCUAAUGUACUCUUAACAGAGCGCAUAAGUGAUGAUGAUGAUUUACGAAAGAAAACUUUAAAAAUAACAGAUUUUGGUUUGGCCCGUGAAGUUUAUAAGACUGAGCAUAUGUCAGCUGCUGGGACCUAUGCCUGGAUGGCCCCUGAGGUUAUGCGUGAUUCAUGUUUCAGCAAGUUUAGUGACGUGUGGAGUUAUGGUGUGUUGCUGUGGGAACUUUUAACAGGGGAAACACCUUACAAGGGGAUAGAUGCAUUAGCAGUUGUUUAUGGUGUUGCUAUCAAUAAACUUACUCUUCCAAUCCCUAAAACAUGUCCAAAGCCAUGGAGGGAUUUGAUGGAAGCUUGUUGGCACGCAGACCCUCAUGAAAGGCCAUCCUUUGAGGGGAUACUGUUGGCUCUUGAUAAAAUUAAGCACUCAGCUUUUACCCAGACACCACAUGACAGCUUCCACACAAUGCAAGCUGAUUGGAAAUUAGAAAUUGAAGAAGUUCUCAGGGGUCUUAGGCAAAAAGAGAAAGAGUUGCGAUCUAGAGAAGAACAGCUGUCCAAAGUUCAGCUGCAACAGAAACAAACUGAAGAGAACCUUAAACUACGAGAGCAAGAACUUGCUGCUCGCGAAAUUCAAUUGGUUGAGAGAGAAUUGAACAUGAUGAUGAUGCAGCAGAAUGCUACUCCUCAACCUAACAAACGUAAAGGCAAAAAGUCUCAUUUAAAACUUCUCAAAAAAGAACCAAGCCAAAUCAGUGCUCCCUCAGGUUUUCGGCAUACAAUAACAGUAAAGCAUGAAGAAAGACUUGGGGGUAAUCCAAACAGUCCUCCUGGGUCUCCAAGCAUAGGGCCUCGUCUCCAUGUAAUUGCCAAUCCUUUAGUGUCGGGUGAAGGCAUCAAGGGCAAGACGUGGGGCCCCAGCACUUGCCAUCAGCGAGAACGAGGGCAAAUCAUCACGCGUGUUUCGGACACGGCUAGCCAGAAGCGCUGGAGCAAGAGUGCACCGAACUUGGAGAAGCACACUGGCGCUCGUUCAGCUGUCUCAGGCCUGCCGAACUUUGGGGUCCUCCAAGAAAUAGAUUAUGGAAAUAAUGUGAUUCCAUCUGAGGGAGAGUGGUGUGGCGAAUCAUCAGCCAUCAGUCCUAUGCAAUCCCAAAUCUUGCCUCCAUUGCAAAUACCAAUGCCCACACUCUAUAAUGGUACUGCAGCGGACCCAAUGCGACCUCGACCAAAGCCAUCGAUAAUUGAAAUGGUCUUAUACAAUAUGGCAGCUAUGCUUGCAAGUUUUGCUGCUGGUUAUGAUGUCAGACUCUCAAAUGUCACGCCUUUUCACCCUUGCUUGCAUCCAGAAAGGAACGAAGAUUUAGGAACACAAAAUCAGCAGUGGCAUAGAGGCCCUGAUAGUGGGUUCUUGAGGAAUUUGUAUGGAUCAGCUGAGAUGGAGUUUGCUUCAUCCUCAGGCUAUCCACACAACACUUACCAUGGACCAGUUAGACAUUAUCGUCCCCAUUUAAACAGUGUCUUGAUGCAAAAACAAACAGAAUCAAAUUAUACAUCCCCCACUAGUGAUGAAGAUAUCAGACCACUGCAUUCCCAGCUGUCAGCUCUAAAACUUACACAUUCUGGUUCUCAAGGAAGUUCCCUUGCUGGAUCAAGAACUGUGUCAAGGUCCAGUUCCAGAGCAGGGUCUCCAAGAAGGAAGAACAGUCUUAGCUGUGAACCCUCUGAGGCACCGUCUACUCUUGGAUCUCCAUUUCUACAUAAUCGCUCAAUAGGCUCAACAAAUGAAAAACUAAACUAUGUAACUUUUCAGUACACUCCUGGCCUCGAAGCUUCAGAUAUUUCUCAAAUGAAUUUAUUGCAACGGCAACCAUCUAGUGAUUAUCAGGGCUCUCCUUUACACUACAAACCUCGACAUGAAUUAGAGAUUCAACAUCUACCUUACAUUGGUCCAACUUUAGACACAAUGAACCCACAUCAUCCUGUUUUUGAUUCUUCUCGUAACAAUAUUGGCAGCUCAGCUAGUGGUGUGUUGAGCAAUGUGACAUAUACUCCCCCGCUUUCAAGACCUCCUUCAAGAUUAGCAGCUGGAUAUAUGCUGAGGCCAAAUACAUCAUGUAGCUCAAAUCUGUCACAGACUUCUAAUGUUAGUCUAAAUCUUGGCAUGGAUGAUGAAAUCCUUGGGCGUCCAAUGCAUUCUACUCCAACCCCUCACUCUGAUUGGUCCAGUGAAUACACACCACCUCUGAAAUAUUAUCACCAAACUUCUAGAGACUUGAUAGACCGUGAUUCGUCCCUAUUUCAUCGACCCCCAACUACUGACAGCUUGACUAGUGAAGAUAGUAGUUAUGUUUCUGCAAAAGAGGGCUCCUAUUCUUCAUCAUCUGUAUCUCGUGUGCGAUUUUCGCCCAUUUCAUCUUUGAUGGCCAGUAGCUCAGGAGUGUGGAGUGGUGGCACAGAGUCUGGUCUUUAUGACAUUUCUUCCCUUAGCAAUAUUCAUAAUAGUACAGAGUCUCAACAUGGCAAUGUGAAUCCCUCCUUGAGUGAAAAGGAAUCCCUUGGAGAUUUUGGCUCUUCCCGAAUAAGAUCAAGUCUCAAACGCCCUUCCUAUUCACCAAUGGCUGCUCGUUCAGGGCUUUCUAGCUCUUACACAAGUGGAGAUCAAAUGAAUAGUCUAACUGAUAGCCUUCCAAAUGAGGACAGCAAUCACUUCCCCCCCAGAGUGCGAUUCUCUCCAGUUUCAACCUCUAGACUUGGUACCAUUAGUGCUCUUGCUGAAAUUCAACCUGAAUUAAAAGGACAAUCCCCACAUGAUAGCAUACCUGUCCAGGACUUGACACGAACUUUCAAUAGACACAGUCGAGAAUCUUCCCUCACACGGCAGACAACUGAAGAACCUACGAGAGAAUUUUUGUCCUGAAGGUUUCUAUCAUUUUUAUCUGUAUUCAUUGCCUUCGGGUUUAGUUCAAUUAUGAAAUAUUUUUUCAAACUUGAUAUGACUGUGUGAUAUGGUUUCUGGUCAUGAGUCUUUUGUAGAAGUGGUUCAAUAUUGCCUCAGAUCUAUCGAACAGGGGACCAAUGUUACAGUAUUCAGAGUUCAAUUUGUCCAGAACAAACUAUGAAGGAAGAAAUGUGGGCAAACAGUAAUUGCAUUAGACACAUUGUACAGUUAUCAUCCUUCUAGUUGUUAACUAAUUUUGAUAGAUAUAGAAAGCUUGUUAUAUCCUGGUAUGGAUUAUACAUUUCAACUUUUGGGAUUGAAUAUGUUUUGCCAGUUUUGUAUGAAUAGAAUCUUGAUGUCUAGGGACUUCCUUUGAUUUUCAUGAAUUUUAGCUUUUUAAUUUUCCGGUUUAUAAACAUAAAAGACAUGGUUUACCCUGAGGCUGUAACAUUUUUAGUGAAAGGAACUGUAGAUUGCCUGACACAAAAUUAAGCUUAUCAUUCAAUAAGUCUUAAGUACAUGAUACAUACCCUUCAAAACCCUCUGUCUAUCUAGUAAUACAUCCCUUGUCAGUUUAAAGACAAAAAGGAAAUGCUAAUGUUUAAUUUAACGAAGGCAAACAGUUCUCAUUUAUUGUCUUGUGGAUUGGAUGAGAUGCCUGCCCAUUUGCCUUUUACCCCUUCUGAGGAAAUUUUAAUUGUUGUACUUAUUUUUUAUCUUAAAUCAAAUUUCUUUGUUUCAUCUUUCUAUUCUGAUCUUUCCUCAUGUGUUAAGUGUUUGCACUCCUAUAAAAUACAUAAAAUAGUCAAUCAAUCUAAGUUACCUCAUGAGUUGUGAGUUAGCAGGUAUUUGUUGUUGGAGUAUAAAUUGGCCUGACAUGUGAUAUACUCAAAGAAAGUGUGUGAUGAAUUAUUCUUUUCCUUAGGAAAGAUAUUAGAAGUGUGAAGCACCCUUUCAGUAUUAAAAUAUGUUUGACUUUCUUGUGAGUGGUAGGUUCCUUUUACUCCUUUUAAAACAUGGACUUGUUUCUUUUCAUUCCUCAAGCACUAUUUUAAAAUCCUGUUAAAGGGUAGGUGGUGAUAAUUUAUCAAUCGUGGAGUUCCAGUUACUAUCUUUGAACCCACUCAGGUGCACAUACUGUAAUUAUAGUAAUUCAGGCUUGUUUGUAACUUAACUUGCUUAGCUAUCUUGUGAAGCUGAUUUUUAUAUUAAUAUUUGCCUGUGAAACAUGUGUAAGUUUCUGUGAUCAACUGUAGUGCCAUUUUAUUAUUUUUGUAAGUUGGACUUAUUUUAAGUGCUUGAUACUAGUAUUUAUAUAAGGGUAUUGUAUUUUAAUUUCCAUUUUAUAUAAUGAAAGUUGACAAAUUCUCUCUUAGUCUGUAUGAUAUAUGAUUUUUAUGAGCAAUAAUGUUUCAUCAUUCCACUUAGAUCUAAAACGGGGAAAAAAGGGGGAAAAUUAUAAAAACAAUGCAAAAAUAUAGCAUGUUGCUGACUGUCCCUUAUGGAAAAAGAUAUUUAUUAUGAUGAAUCAUCAUCUUAAUGUUUAUUUAACAAUUAAAAGUAUUACUCUGUCAUGAAUCAUGAACAAGAAAAACAAAUGUGGAAGUGAACAAGCUCUCCGAGUUUAUGCUACAUGUAAAGUAAUAAUGAUGGUUAUGCUGCUUUUAUAUGAGUAACUGCAUAUUGUACUUAAGACCUGUCAGAGAAGUUCUGUGUGUCAUCACAUCAGUGUCUGAGCUUGUACACAAGUUCCUGGAGUGUCAGUAUUUGUUUGCUCUGGAAGUGACUUAUACAAUGAUUUUUCACUUAUUUCCUAAUUGAAUUUUCACACCCCACUGAAGACAUUCCUGUUACUUUACUUCCUGUACUUUUAUAUUGUUUGUGUGCGUGUGAGUAUGUGUGUAUUUCAUUCAUAUUUAUCUGGAUUUUUGCCAACAUUUGAUGCUUACAAACAAAAAUGCACAUUCCACGUGAACAUGUUUGCUCAAUACGAGUCAUGUAAUAGACUUUGUGGUCCAAUCUCUAUGCAAGGAUGUACCGGAGAAAUUUUCAUAGUGAGACUAAAGCUGCUGCUUUCAAUUGUUUUUGGCGAAGGGGAAGAGUACAGUCUUCUGGCUGUAUUGUAUGCUAGCAAAAAUCAGAUAUACAUUUGUAAGUGUUUAAAGGAUUUCAAGAUUUGCUUUUAUAUUUGUCUCUCAGACCUAAGUGGAGUGGACUAUCCCUCUUCAAUAAUUCCUGAAUAUAAGGGCAAAAAAUGCCUCAAUUGAUAAAAGAAGUCAAAGGGUAGAGAUUACCAUUGCUGUUUAAUAAAUGCCUCAUCAACAUA